GAAAAAAAUGCAUUUGCCAUUGUAAAUGAGAAACUAAAAUUGUUUUUUUUAAAUUCUAUUUUCGGAUCGUAUAUUGUAGUCAUUACGUAAAACAAAUAUUGCCAUUGGAUAUCUAAUUGCUUAAUAAAAACAAAUAUUUAAAUUCUGAGACAAGUUGAAUGAUUAAUGGCGAAUGUCUUAAAAUCCUUAAGUCCACGUAGUUGCGCAACAGUAUUCCCUAAACGAUUUAUUGGGUUUUAUUUAAAAGGACGAGGGACGGUGGAAAACUACAUUGUUGCGUCAGCUGUUUUCAGGAAAACUCAGGAAAAUGUCUGAUUGUUCCGCUCAAAAGUGUAAUACGGACGAGUUUUACAAUGUGGUUCUUAAACUUACCAAAAGUUGUGGAGAGCUUAUCAAAUCCCGAACAUCGAACCGAUCCAAAAAAGUGGAAACGAAAUCUGGGGCAAUAGAUUUCGUAACUGAAACAGACCAGGAAGUGGAGAAACUGCUGAUCGAAGGCUUAACCGAGGCCUUCCCGGACCACAAGUUCAUUGGAGAAGAGAGUGUCUCCAGUGGGGCCCACGCUGACUUAACCGACGCCCCAACAUGGAUCAUCGAUCCAGUCGAUGGCACCAUGAACUUUGUACACUCGUUCCCCCAUUCAUGCAUUUCCAUUGCCUUGUUUGUUUGUAAAGUGCCUACUAUCGGAAUCAUUUAUAAUCCCAUGUUGGGUCAGUUGUUCACUGCUCAGAGAGGUAAAGGUGCUUAUUUAAAUGGGGAAAGGAUUACCGUGUCUGGAACGAAGAAUUUAUCAGAUGCUUUGAUUAUGAUGGAGUUUGGGACCAGUAGGGAUCCAGAAAAGAGAAGGGUUAUUUUGGAAAAUCAGCAAAAGUUAAUGCCUCAAGUACAUGGUUUAAGAGCCCUAGGGUCAGCAGCUUUAAACAUGGCAAUGGUCGCUUGCGGGGCAGCCGAUGCCUAUUUCGAAUACGGAAUUCACAUUUGGGACAUUGCCGCGGGAGAAUUAAUUAUUACGGAGGCAGGGGGUGUGGUUAUCGAUCCUGCCGGUGGACAGGUGGAUAGACUCUCAAGGAGGGUCCUGGGUGCGAGUUCCCAAGAACUGGCUGAGCAGCUCGCCAAAGAACUGACCCAAUUUUAUCCAGAAAGGGACUAGAAAUGUAUUUCCUUAACUGGACAGUUUUCUAAAUUGAAUAUUUAGGACGUUGAAUGUAGUAGUGAGGCUUGUGCAUUUAUUUUUUCCCGAACCCCUUACCAAAGAUAAAUAAAUAUGGUUUUACCAGUGA